AUGGGCAGAAAUGUUUCGGCCAUUAUCCAGCCAAGCAUUCCUCCUAAAUGCAAGGAUUCAGGGACUUUCACCAUUCCAUGCAUCAUAGGAAACAAGGAGAUCAGUCAAGCUAUGUUGGAUCUAGGAGCUUCAAUAAAUGUCAUGCCAAAAUCCAUUUACCAGUCAUUAUGCAUUGGUGAGCUCAAAUCAACAGGAGUGGUCAUCCAACUUGCCAACCGAAGCACAACACACCUAGAGGGAGUUUUAGAAGAUGUGUUGGUAAGAGUAAAUGAGCUUAUUUUUCCUGCUGAUUUCUAUGUGCUAGAUAUGGAGGAUGAUUUCCAUGCUAAUCAACCAACAUUAAUCUUAGGUAGGCCAUUUUUGAAAACUGCUAAGACUAAGAUUGAUAUGCAUUCUGGUACAUUAUCCAUGGAAUUUGGAGAUAGUAAAGUGCAUUUUAAUAUGUUUGAGGCAAUGAGAUACCCACCAGAAGAACAUUCUAUUUUUCAUAUAGACAUCAUUGAUUCAUUGGUGGAUAAUGUGCAUGAACAUCUGUUGGAUGAUUUUCCAGAAAUAAUAGGUUUUAAAAAUGAGUUUCAAUGUUCUGAUUGUGAUGGAAUUCAUCAGAAUUGUGCUGUUUGUGCUGAGAUUGAUGUUUGCUUACAUGAUUCAAAUUUUGAAAAUUCUGUUUCUAUCUCUGCUGUUCCUGUUCCUGUUCCUACUAUUUCUGCUUCUAUCUUCUCUAAAAAUUCUAUUACAGGUGCUGAAAUCAAACCAUCGGAAGCAACUCAAAAAUUAGCACCUUCUAUCCUAGAGCCACCCUCCUUGGAGUUGAAGCCCCUUCCAGAAAAUUUGAAGUAUGCAUUUCUGGCACCAAAUGAGAAGUUACCAGUCAUCAUAGCCAAGGAUUUGCUACCAGAACAAGAAGAGAAGUUGCUGAACAUCUUAAAGCAAAAUAUGAAGGCUAUAGGCUGGACAUUGGCAGACAUACCUGGUAUUAACCCCUCUACAUGCAUGCACAGAAUUCAGUUAGAGGAAGGAGUGAAACCAGUAAGGCAACCCCAGAGGCGGUUGUACCCUUUAAUUUUGGAUGUAGUCAAGAAAGAAGUCAGCAAGCUUCUAGCUACUAGAAUAAUUUAUCCGAUUUCAGAUAGCAAGUGGGUGAGCCCAAUACAAUUGGUUCUGAAGAAAAGUGGAAUAACAGUGGUGAAGAACUCAAAGGAGGAGCUGGUCAAUCGCACUAUUGCUUCCUUGAUGGGUUUUCUGGCUAUUUCCAGAUUCAUAUUGCACCAGAGGAUCAAGAAAAGACCACCUUUACUUGUCCAUUCGGCACUUUUGCAUACCGGAGGAUGCCCUUUGGUUUAUGGAACGCCCCAGGGUGUAGUCUUGGGACAUGUCAUUUCUAGUGAGGGCAUUCUUGUUGAUACGGCUAAGAUCGAUAUUAUUGCCUCUUUACCUUACCCCAUAUGUGUGCAGGAAGUGCGUUCUUUUCUUGGACAUACAGGUUUUUACAGGAGAUUCAUCCAAGACUUCAGCAAGAUUGCUCUUUCGUUGUCCAAGCUACUACAAAAAGAAAUAGACUUCCAGUUUGAUGAUGAUUGUAGGAGAGCUUUUGACAAGUUGAAGCAGCAUCUGGUUUUUGCUCCUGUGCUUCAGCCGCUUAAUUGGGAGUACCCGUUCGAGCUUAUGUGUGAUGCAUCAAACCUUGCAGUAGGCGCUAUUCUUUCACAGAGGGUUGGGAAGGUUCCUCACAUCAUAGCAUAUGCUUCCCGAACCUUAGACUCUACACAAGCAAAUUACACCACCACUGAGAAGGAGCUUUUGACUAUCAUUUUUGCUUUAGAUAAAUUUCGUACUUAUCUAUUAGGAACUAAAGUGACAGUCUUUUCUGAUCAUGCUGCACUAAAGUUCUUAUUAAAGAAACCAGAUGCAAAGCCCAUACUCAUCAGAUGGAUGUUGCUUUUGCAAGAAUUUGAUAUUGAGAUCAAAGAUAAGAGUGGAGCCGAGAACUUGGUAGCAGACCACCUGAGUCAGAUCCCACAAACUUUAGAGCCUCUCCCAUCCCACCAAAUAGAGAAACUUAAGAGUGAGGCUAAGUAUUAUGUUUGGGAUGAUCCUUAUUUAUGGCGUAUGUGUAGUGACCAGGUCAUUAGGCGUUGUGUGCAUGAGCUAGAGAUACCAUCUAUUUUGCAGUUUUGUCAUACUCUUGCAUAUGAGGGUCACUUUGGGCCACAGCGCACUGCUAGGAAGGUCUUAGAUUCUGGUUUUUACUGGCCCACAUUGUUUCGUGAUGCUUACACAUUUUGUAAAAGUUGUGCACAAUGUCAGAAAAUAGGUAGUAUUUCUCGUAGGAAUGAGAUGCCUCAACAACCCUUAUUGUUUUGUUUGGAGUGCCCUAUCAUCAGUGAUCAAGGUAGCCACUUUUGUAACAGGAACAUGGAAGCCCUACUGAAGAAAUAUGGUGUCACUCACAAGGUCUCAACUCCAUACCAUCCACAGAUCAAUGGACAAGCAGAGACUGGAACACACAGGAAGCUCCAGCUUCAAGAGUUGGAAGAGAUUCGAAUGGAAGCUUAUGAGAACUCCCACCUAUACAAAGAGAAGACUAAAUUCAUCCAUGACAAGAUGUUGUUACGAAAGGAGUUCUCUAUUGGCCAGAAAGUGCUUCUUUACAAUUCUCGCCUCAAACUUUUUUCUGGUAAGCUUUGUUAUAGGUGGCUAGGUCCUUAUAUUGUGACAAAGAUUUUUCCUUAUGGUGCAGUACGGAUUUUAGAGCCCACCACAAACAAAGCUUUCAUAGUGAAUGGCCAUCGCUUAAAGCCAUUUCAUGAGGACAUACCAUUGGAAAUAGAAGAGGUUCGCUUAUUGGCGGCCACAUACACUUGA